AAUAUUCUGUAUAUUGAAUUGUUCUGCUAAGUACAAGGAGUUUCUCCUUUAUUUAUAGGAGAGGAUAAAGACCAAAACACAAAAGGAAUUCUAUUCCUACAAGGAAACAAAUCACUAAAUAUGAACAAGGAAACAAAUCAAGAGCAAUCCCACUUAGAAUGGGAUUUGCUCUCCUUCUUGCCGUGUGGUCCAAGGAGCACCGCCCAACACAAUGGCUGUAAAAGUUAAAAUGAGAAAAAUUGUAUAGAAGCCCGCCCCCAAGUCUAAGCCACCAUCCACAAGUCUAAGCAUCAUCUAUCUCUCUAGCACACAAAAAAUCUUCCAAAUCUUUCUAUUAUCUCUCUGUCAAAGUGUUAUGGCUUCCCUUCUCACAGCAAACAACAAACCCUCUUUCUCUCCACCACUCCCGACGACCAUAGUUAUUGUUUCUGCUGUGCUGUUGUUGCUCCUCCAACAAACCAGCAAUGUCUCCUGCGAGCUUCACCUCCUUCCCGCCGCUGUAUCCCAAGGCGCUGUUUGCCUUGACGGCAGCCCGCCUGCCUAUGAAUGGGAAGCCGGGAAAGGCCGCCAUGGGGCGAGCAACUGGCUGGUUUACCUCCAAGGCUCCGGCUGGUGCUUGAACACCACCGCCCAUCGCACUCCCGAUGGCGCCAUCCAAAGCUGUGCGGAACGGGCGAAGACCAACCUUGGUUCUUCCCACCGCAUGAUUCCUUUUGGUUUCUCCCGCCACCCAAUUAUUUCUCCCCGGUCCAAUGAUACUUUCUUCUAUGAUUGGAACCGGGUGGUGGUGAGAUCCUGUGAUGGGGGUUCGUUCUCCGGCGAUGCCGACAUGCCUGAUCCCGUCACGGGUCUUCACUACCGUGGCGCGAGAGUGUUCCGCGCUGUCGUGGAGGACCUGAUGGCGAAGGGGUUGAAAAACGCCCGGAAUGUCCUCUUCGCCGGGGGUUCUUCCGGCGGGCUCGGGGUCAUGGUGCACUGUGACCGGUUCCGGCGCCUGUUCUCGAGGAACGUCAGGGUGAAGUGUCACACUGACAGUUCCCUCUUUCUCCACGUCAGGGACCCCCGCCGGGCGAGGUUUUUCAACGACGUCUUCGGCAACGUUGUGGGUGUGCACCGUCCGGAUAAUGCGUUGCCUGGACGGUGCACUUCGAGGUUAGGCGUGGAGGCGUGUUUCUUCCCGCGGAACCUGGUGCGGUAUAUCGAAUCCCCGUUGUUCAUUUUGAACUCGGAGUUCGAUUCGUUCCAGGUGACGAACACUUGCUCCAAGGCCUUGCAUGACAAUGUCUUGCACCACAAUGUUAGCCGGAGCGACAUGGCACUCCUCCGAGACUUCCGGGCCCAAACAAUCAGAGCACUGCCUCGACCAAGCAGCACGAAGGGGUAUCUACUCACAUCCCUCUUCAUGCAUAGUCUCGGAACAGCGCAGGGCUACAAAGGGCCAAUGUUUUCGGGGCGAAAGUCAAAGUCUUUCGAGAGUGCGUUGGUCGAUUGGUUUUUCGAUCGAGCGACCAAUGUCCAUCUCAUAGACCCCGCGAAACAGCCCUUUUAUUUAUCGCCCCGUGGAGCGGAGGAAACCACAUCAACUUAAAUAAAUGUACUACUUAAUUAGUUGAUGUGAAUAAUGUGUCAUUAGCUAUUUGUCAUGAAUUAAUUAUUUCAUGAAUUUUAUUGAGGUGCUGUCUUCUUAAUCUCUUCUUCCUAUUAUUUUAAUUAAUUAUUGUUCGCAAACACAUAUUUUACUUUUUAACCGUACGAGCCAAUCGAUGGUUCCUGCCAGAAGAAAUUAAAGUUGGUAUU